AUGGCAGACAUAAAAUUCUCGAAAAACCACAACAUUGCGGCAUGUCUGUCAGAUCCACUAGAAGCACGUCAAGAAUUUAGGUCCAUGGUUCAUCGACUUAAAAAUUGCAGACUUGCUCAUGCUUUCCAAUCAAAUCUCAUUAUUUAUGAAGAUUUAGUAAAGCAAUUUUUGGGACAAAGCUUCUGUCAAGAAAAAGGGAACGAAUGGGGAAGAUAUGUGUUGAAUGAAAAGAAGAAUAAUUUACAAAGGAAGAGAAAGGACACAUUUUUAAUCUAUCCAAGGAUCCUCCAGAUGAUCAUCAAUGCCAAAUAUCUUGAAUUGAAAGGAAGUGGAGACACUUUGGACCUGAAGUCUCUGGGUCUUAGCACUUUUGGUCUUAUGAAGCAGAACCGCAAAGUCUUAAAAUGUGUGUUUCAAGGAACAAAGCCCUUAGAAAAGUUUGUAUGUUUUGCUGAUAUUGGAAUUGUUGCACCGGAGCAUGUUCCAAUGAUCAAUGGUAAUGAUGAUGAUGAAGAUGAUCAUUAUGAAGGUGAUGAUAGGAUGGAUCUAGAGGAUGAUACCCUAGGGUUUAAUGAUGAUAGAGAUGAUGAUGGAGUUGGAAUGGAUCAAGAAGGUGAUUUAUCAAGUUUUGAUGAUGAUGAUGUAUAUCUUGAUUUCGAGCCGAAUGAUGAAGACCUCGGUUCGUUCUUUGAUAAUAUCGAUGAUGUUGGAUUUUUUCCAACGAAGACUCAAAGAGAAGAAAAUAUUCUCAAGCUACCACAACAAUCGCCUGAGCAAAUGGACGACUUUAUUGCUGAUUUGGAUUCAACUAUGAGGAUUCCUUCCCGAGAAGUUGCUACUCCAAAUUUUAUUCCAUAUGAGAGUAAUCCACAAGAGACACAAGCCUCGAAGCCUGCACUUAAAAUAAGAAGAGAAGAUCCAAGUUCGGGAGUGCUCAUUAGGGAACUAGCUCAGCCCGCUCAACAAUCUACUACAAAUGUUACCCCAAGCUAA